AGUGCAGAGUCGGCGUUGCCGUUGGAGAACGAUUAUUUCCCGCUCGAAUUCGGAAGGGCGAGGGGAGCGGUUGGCCGUCGUCGGUUCUGUGUUGUGGAUGGCGCCCAAGUCGAAGACGACGCCUAAGAAGAAGCAGAGCGGCCCCAAACAUGAGCCUGACGCCGGUGGGAUGUUCUCCGGUAAGGUAUUCUUCCUGGUUGAGAAAGGCGUCCAACCUCGCCGGAUUCAGAUUUGGAAGCAGAAGCUGUUGCAAAUGGGGGCAGUGGUCGAAGAUAAUCUUUCCAAGACAGUGACUCACGUUUUAGCAGCAGCUUCCAAGUUUCUUCUGCAAGAAGCGAAUCCGCAACGCCUCAUAGACAUGAAGUUUAGUCUACUCUCGUUCCAGUGGUUGGAGGACAGCUUGAAGCAGGGUGCAAGAGCAGUGGAGGAUCCUUAUAGGAUUGUUCUAGAACAGAAAUCUAUUCAAGAAGUUGACCAAUCUGUAACAGGAGUGGUUUUGGGGUCAACUGAAGGAAAUGCAAGUGACGAGGUGGUGAAAAGUGGGAAAAAAGCCAAACUAACAGAUGACACAAACAUAGCUCGUGGUGAGGCCAGUGAGGGUUCAGAAGACCUUGGAAAAACUAGUGUUCAGACUGAUGAAGAACAAACCAUGCUACGGGAUCGUUAUCCAAGUGACAGUGAAAUGGAAAAAUCAAGUGCUGAAAGUUCUGCUGGAACUCUCCAAUCUGAUUUUGAUUCUUCAGUGUCUGACAAAAGAAAUAACGGUGAAACUUCGGACCAGGAUGCAUCCUCACUUUACAAGCCCCCAGAUUUGAAUCGCAAUGUUACAGAGAUAUUUGGCAAACUCAUAAAUAUAUACAGGGCCCUGGGAGAUGACAGGAGAUCGUUCAGCUAUUAUAAGGCUAUUCCAGUUAUUGAAAAAUUACCUUUCAAAAUUCAGAAUGUUGAUCGGGUCAAGCACCUGCCAGCAAUUGGAAAAGCAAUGCAAGACCAUAUCCACGAGAUUGUGACAACAGGGAAGCUGUCAAAGUUGGAGCAUUUUGAGAAUGAUGAAAAGGUCAAAACCAUUAGCCUAUUUGGAGAAGUUUGGGGCAUUGGUCCAGCCACUGCACUAAAGCUAUAUGAGAAAGGGCAUCGUACUCUGGAUGAUCUUUCAAAGGACGAUUCAUUAACCCAUGCCCAGCGGCUAGGUGUGAAAUACUUUGAUGACAUCAAAAAACGGAUUCCACGUGAUGAGGUCAAAGUAAUGGAGGAAAUCCUUCAGAAAGUUGGAAAGGAUGUUUUGCCUGGGGUUAUUAUUGUUAUUGGGGGAUCCUACAGACGUGGGAAAGCAACAUGUGGCGAUUUAGAUGUUGUGAUUACACAUCCAGAUGGGAGAAGCCAUAAAGGUUUCCUGCCCAAAUUUGUUAAGCAUCUGAAGGAUAUGAAAUUUUUGAGAGAGGAUCUGGUGUUCAGUACUCACAGCAUGGAGGGAACAGAUUCUGGAGUAGACACAUAUUUUGGACUUUGCACAUAUCCAGGGCGGGAGCAACGCCUUCGCAUUGAUUUCAAGGUAUAUCCAAGAGACAUAUAUGCCUUUGGAUUAAUAGCUUGGACAGGGAAUGAUGUACUAAAUAGGAGGUUGAGGUUAUUGGCUGAGAGCAAAGGUUUCAGGCUUGAUGAUACAGGCCUCUAUCUUGUUUCACACAGUCCCACUGGGAAGAAGGUCACAAAAUCCAAUACAAGAUUGACUUGCAAAACAGAAAGAGAAGUUCUUGAUGUCUUGGGAUUUCCAUGGCUCGAACCACAUGAGAGGAACUUGUAAAAAGACACAUGUUCUUGGUUCAGCUCAUACCAUAUACAUAGAUACAGUACCAUGCUGCAGCUGCCAAUUUUGAACGGAUGAGUGAAGGUUAAUUUUGUCUUUAUAGUGGAUAGGGAAAACAGCUUUCUUCCUUUGCUUUUUAUCCCUUCCCCUUGUCUCUGGUAUGUGAGUUUUGUAAUUAAAGGCCGACUAUGUAAGGGAAGGUCCAUGCUCGUUGUUCUACUGUCAUGGUUUGGAUUUAUAGAUACGGCCAGGCCUUUUAAGGCACCGACAUGCAUCUUCUAACAUGUAAUAUGAUGAAGUUCAGUGAGUUGUCCAUUCUAUUUGCCUCA